AGCGUUUUGCCAAGCCUUCGAUGAAGAAUGCACACAUCUUCUCACCCACGUGAAACUUACACCGAAAUCGAGGAACUAGCUAACAAUCUCUCCACUCUGCCCUCGCCCCCGCCCUCGCCCUCUCAUUUCAUCUCUCGCAAAUAUGCUGUUAGUAGUGAGGUAGCAGAGUGGAGAGAGUGUGAGAUUGCCAAUGCUGAAUAGCAUGGCACUGGGAUUGCCAGCCGGAACGGAGACUUGGGUCGCCGAUAGAUCAUUGCGCAUGAUUCAGAUGCGACGUCCCUUGGAAUUUCCGUGUACCCAAUUGAGCGCUUGGAGGUCCAGGUCCAGCUUCCAGGGUGCGAGCGGAGGAGGUCAUCCACAGAAGAGGUGUUCGUGGAGGGUUAGCAGCUGUGAGGCUUCUCCAGCUUCUACUUCUCUCAAUGGCCAAACCUACUGCAGGCGUGACCUCUCAACAUUGCAGCCACAACUUCAGAAUCCGGAGUUUAAAAAUGUCGGUGAAGGAAGAGAUGGUCACCCAGCGCCAUCGUCCUGGAUGAGGUCACUAGCCAUUGCUCUAAUCUCCUGUGCCGCGUCGCUUCAGCUGGCAGUUACAGACGUGCAAGCGCACCCGCAGCUCGACAGCAUCCGAACUGAGAUCCCCACGCAAACUUGGACGAUAGCGUCAAAUUCUAAUGAGCUUUAUCAAGUUGCCGAGAGCGGAGGCGUUUGCGAGGAGACUUAUGGUGUCCUGCCAUGCUCCACGAGCAUUGGUGGCAACGUGUUCCUGAUGCUAGCAUAUGGUUACCUGCUCUUCACAGCAGCCAAGUUGAUUUCCGAUGGCAGCGAGCUUCUGCUCGAGGUUAUGAAUCCUGGGCUGUUAGGAGGACUUUUGCUUCCCAUCCUGGGAGCAUUUCCAGACUCCAUUCUCAUUCUUGUUUCUGGCGUGGGUGGAUCCGUCCAGCAGGCACAAGAGGAGGUGAUGGUAGGGGUGGGAGUGCUGGCAGGGUCAAGCGUUAUGCUCCUCACUAUCGCAUGGGCAGGAUCGCUACUUGCGGGACGCUGCGAUCUUGAUGGUCCCAAUGGAACGGCCACUGAUCUUACCCUUACACGCCCGCUCGAUCCAUUUGGCACUGGUGUUACAACUGAUGAGCAAACUCGGGUGGGAGCAUGGAUAAUGAUGGCGUCUACGCUUCCCUAUUUGUUUGUGCAAUUGCCGCUGUUGCCGAACCAUUUGAUAGACGGUCCGAAGGGAGCGCUUGAAGGCUGCAUCGUUGCUAGCGCUGGUCUGUUGUUGUACAGUGCGUACCAAGUGGCAUCACCAUGGCUGCAACAGAAGCAGAUUGAGGAGGCCCGGUUGCAGUAUUUCCGCUCUCGAGCAUUACAGCGUGUUGCAUCGUAUCCACUGAUGUCUAGUUCCCGGUCCAAAAUCCUGUCUCAGGAUGAGAAGCAUGGCCACUUGGUGGAGACUGUGAAGAACCUGUUCAGUUCCUUCGACCACAAUAAAGAUGGCAAAAUUCAGCAGGAGGAACUGAGGGGGCUGAUUGUCGGUAUUGGACUUGAGGAGGCUGGCUUUGUGCCUGCAGAGGAUCAAGUGGAGACAUGGAUGCGAGAGUUCGACCUCGACGUGGAUGGCACAAUUUCGGAGCACGAGUUUUUAACCGGCAUCAAGAAGUGGUCUAAGCGAGUUGCUCAAGACAAAUUGUCUCUUCAAGCUCAAAGGGCAAGUGCAGUGAGCAUACGGGACUCUAAUUUCUGGGCCGCAAAAUCGGAUGAGGCGAAAACAGUGUUGGAGCUUCUGGAGGCCGAGGUCGAACAAUCCGAUGAAGAAUCAGGCGAAGGGGAAGGAGAGUCUGAUGAGUUAGAUCCUCCACAGAUUUACAAAAAAGCUGCGCUUCUUAUGCUCGCUGGAGCAGCAGUAGCCGCGACGUUUGCAGACCCAAUGGUGGACACCAUUGGCAACUUCUCAGCCGCUUCUAAGAUCCCUCCCUUCUUUGUCGCCUUCGUCGUCACUCCCUUUGCCUCCAAUGCCAGUGAGCUUGUGUCAAGCAUCAUCUUUGCCAAGAGGCGACGCAAACGGAACAUAUCCCUCACGUUUUCGCAAGUUUAUGGCGCCAUCACCAUGAAUAACACUCUCUGCAUGGCAAUAUUUUUAGCGCUUGUGUACAUCCGUGGAUUAACUUGGGACUUCUCAAGCGAGGUGACUGUAAUAGUGUUGUGUACAUUUGCGGUGGGGAUGAUGGGGGGCACGAGGAGCACAUUUCCCUCCUGGUUUGCUUUGCCGGUGCUGGCUUUGUACCCUUUGGCCAUCGCCGGUGUUGCUGUUUUGGACAAUGUUCUCGGUUGGCACUGAUACUAGUUGUGUUUAGAUUUUAGCCCUUGUUUAGAUUCGCCCCCUUCGAUGUGCAAACUUGUACCCACAUCUGCCAUGUGGGCGCCGACACUUCGUAAAGUUUUCCAGUUCCUUGGGAAAAUUCAUGCUAGCAUUACUUGCUAUGGUCUAAACUUAAGAUCAAUUCAUCCAAUGUUGCAUUAUUUAUUGAUUAUUUAAUUGAUUCUAGACUGAUUUUUCUGUUGAGAAUUCAA